GACAAUAGCUUUUGAUCAACCAGCACACAAUAUGGGAAGAUCUCCAUGCUGCGAUGAGAAUGGCCUUAAGAAAGGUCCCUGGACUCCCGAAGAAGAUCAAAAGCUAGUCCAGCACAUUCAGAAACAUGGCCAUGGAAGUUGGAGAGCUCUCCCUAAGCUAGCCGCUAUUUUUCUUACAAUUUUUGCAGGUCUUAAUAGAUGUGGAAAAAGUUGUAGGCUAAGGUGGACUAACUAUUUAAGGCCUGAUAUCAAGAGGGGAAAAUUUUCUCAAGAAGAGGAGCAAACAAUUCUGCAUCUCCAUUCCAUCCUUGGAAACAAAUGGUCAGCAAUUGCAACCCACCUUCCAGGCAGGACUGACAAUGAGAUAAAGAAUUUCUGGAACACUCAUUUAAAGAAAAAGUUGAUUCAGAUGGGUUUUGAUCCAAUGACUCACCAGCCUAGAACUGACCUUGUUUCAAGCCUUCCAUAUCUGUUAGCUUUGGCCAACAUGACAGACCUAAUGGAUCAUCAGUCAUUGGAUGAACAUGCUGUGAGGUUACAAGCAGAGGCAGUCCAGCUGGCAAAGCUUCAAUACCUCCACUAUCUAAUCCAGUCCUCAACAAACUCCUUAAGCACCAACUCCUAUGACCAAAAUGCCACCACCACAAACAACAACAUGGAACCUUUGAGUUUGUUAAACUCAAUCUCCAAUGUGAAAGAGAAUCCUGUCAUGCUGCAACCAGAUACUGAUCCUGCCUCAUUUUCUCAAGGCAUUGCUAGCUCUCAACCACUCCACCACCCAAACGUGCUACCUCACCUUUUAGACCCACAAGUCUCUUUCAGCUCUCAAUCAUGUUUGAACAGUGAGAUGGGUCAGGGUACUAACUUUGCAAUGAUAAGUCAAGGGGAUCACACGGUUGAUCUUGACUCUUCGUGGAUUAUUCCAUCUAUUCCUCCAAAUGCGAUAGGGAACAAUCCAGGAGAUGCCAGCAGCAGCACUUCUAGCUAUGGAGGAGGGCACUCAUCUUAUUGGUCUGAACUAUUUUUUGAGGACCCCAUCAUGCAUGAGCUAUCUUAGUAUUUAAUCCGAAAGAGGUUGAAUUAUUGUGUGCCACUGUUAUGCUUUGUUCGCUUCUUGCCACUUAAUUUUAGCCUUUAUGCUCUAGUAUAGGAACAUAUAGAUAUAUGUGAUAUGUCCAUUUACAAACGUAUUUAUAUAUGAAUACAUGUUUUGUACAUAGCUUUGGGACAGUUU